CGGGACAAAGCAACCAUCAACUGUCCUCGCCAAGGAAGGUCGCGUUUUUCGGUCGAUACUACCGCAUCCCGGACGCAGAGAUCAUCAACAUUACCGGAGACAAAACUUUCUCCCGAAGAAGAAGAAGCAAAAGCAAUAAGAAGCGAAAAACCUCACCUCUAAUAUGAUGCCGCAUCGUCAGACACCGCCUCGUAGUUGAUUUAGAUUUAGAAAUACUCGCUUUAUGCGACAAACCGGAUCGCCCGACCGGUAGGAUUCGAUUGAUUAUUAGCAAUAAGUUACUAGUGAAGACAUAAGCAAGAGUUAACCUAGCAAAUACAAUGAGCGACGUUAUCAAGUCCCGGCGUGAGCAAUCACAGAAGCGAAAGAUGCUACUCGCUCAAACCUUCGGUGUGUCCUGUGUAGAAGACCUGAAGCAUGUUCUCGGUACGGCGGAGGAUUCACCAAUCAACAAAUCGCAACGAUACGAGGACGAGGAAGCAACCUCUUCCAAAACGUCCCAAACAGCCGAAGGAUUAGUGUAUCGGGAUUCGUCCACCUUUCUUAAGGGCACACAAUCGUCCAAUCCGCACAAUGAUUACUGCCAGCACUUCGUGGAUACCGGACAGCGGCCACAGAACUUUAUUCGUGACGUCGGUUUAGCGGACCGGUUCGAGGAGUACCCGAAGCUGCGCGAACUGAUCCGACUGAAGGAUGAACUGAUAUCGGAAACUGCCACACCGCCGAUGUACCUUCGAGCGGAUCUGAAAACAUUCGAUCUAAAAACGCUCGGCACCAAGUUCGACGUGAUUCUCAUCGAACCGCCGUUGGAGGAGUAUGCGCGCGGUGGAGCGGCCGUAGCUGCCGGUGCUCCACGUAACUUUUGGUCGUGGGAUGAAAUUCUAGCACUGGACAUUGGCGAAGUGGCUGCUCAUCGGAGCUUCGUUUUUUUGUGGUGCGGUAGUUCCGAGGGGCUAGACAUGGGUCGCAACUGUCUGCGCAAGUGGGGCUUCCGAAGGUGUGAAGACAUCUGCUGGAUACGAACCAACAUCGCUUCGCCGGGCCAUUCGAAAAUUCUCGAACCGAAGGCGGUGUUUCAGCGCACGAAGGAGCAUUGCCUAAUGGGUAUUAAGGGCACGGUACGCCGCUCAACCGACGGCGAUUUCAUCCAUGCGAACGUGGACAUCGAUCUGAUCAUUUCGGAGGAGGCAGAUUUCGGAAGCUUAGAGAAACCGAUCGAAAUUUUUCACAUCAUCGAACACUUCUGUCUGGGCCGGCGCCGAUUGCAUAUCUUUGGGCGCGAUUCUACGAUACGGCCCGGCUGGGUAACGAUCGGGCCGGAACUGACCAACUCGAACUUUAAUAGCGAAUUGUAUGCCAACUCGUUCGAAGAAAAUCCGACCACCGGUUGUACCGAGCGUAUUGAAGCGUUGCGACCAAAAAGUCCUCCAGCAAACGGGAAGGUGUUACGGGGCCGUGGCCGUGGUUUUCCCCGUAUUCGGGGGAGAUCGCGAGUGUAGAAUUGUACGGCAAUACUGCCCCCCGGGUCGAACAGUGGUGCAUAAAAGGGGAGGGAGCGGU